AUGAACUCAGCUCUUUCACACUUCUCUCUCCGUGUGUCCGGUGACCCAGAAGCGAUGACUCGUGGAAUAUAUGGCGUGGGAGUUGCACUCAGCCCCAGAGCUGAACGCGUUUUGCUGGAUUGGAUCCCAGUGAACAGUCGUCUCUGCGCCGUCCGGUUAUCCAGUUCAAUCAAGCUCAAUGCCUCGCGGCAUAAAAAGCGGUGCCUGUUUGUCGUGUCGGCUUAUGCCCCGACGGACUGCAGUUCUGAUGCGGAGAAGGAUACUUUCUAUCGAGAGCUAUCCAGGCUCAUUCGUCAGGCAAAAAGCACUGACAUUGUGAUCCUUGCAGGCGAUUUGAAUGCUCAAGUAGGUCGUCUGAGCUCCUUGGAAUCACAUUUGGGUGGUCGUUUCGGAGUCGAUGCCCGCCGCACAGACAACGGAGAUCGACUCCUUCAGCUGUGUGCUGAUCACGAACUGUUUCUGGCAAGUACGAACUUUCAACAUAAACGUUCGCACCGCGUAACCUGGCGGCCGCCAACUACAAACCAACCGUGGACCCAGUUGGAACACGUGGCUAUCAGCCACCGGUGGAGAGCCACAAUUCAAGACUGCCGUUCCUUCUGGGACACGCCACUUGAUUCCGAUCACACCGUGGUGCGCGCACGCUUGAUACUUCGUUUCCCUUCAGGCCAUUGCAAGUCGGCAAGAAGCAUGCCAAUCCACCAGCUCCGAAGAACUGCCAUAGCUCAACAGUAUCGAUCUGAGCUAGCCCAACAACUUUCCACAGUAAAACAGUACUGUGGUGGCAGUGAGCAUGUGGAUGAAGCGUGA